GGAAAAUAAGAGCUGCGGUGAUCCCGUCUGACGUGACAAGUGCGGCCGGCUGGAUCUGAACUCACUUUAGAUUUCUUCAUCCGUAUUCCCAAAACAACCGCCGCACUUCCUCAUUAUUCAGCCGCAUCCAUGGGACGAAGUGCCACAGUGGAGUAUAUCACUUACAACCGCGGGACGCGUCAUGAACGGGGGGAAAGUGGUCCUGCAUGAGCGCGCUAAUUUGGUGUGUGUCCACAGUUUUUUUUGUGCGUGUGGAUGGAUGAACAGCGUGUAGCUUGACUCGUCUUCACCCCAGGCCGGACAAAACCUAGCGCCUGAGCCCGGAGCAGCCCAGCAUUGUCUGUGGCAAUAAAAACGGGUGUUCGGGCGCAAACGACCUUCCUCACACAUUUCUGUUAAAGUGAGACACAACCGCAUUCACACUGGAAACGAGAAGACGAGCAAAGAUGAAUGCUGUGCGUGGGGGCACAGUCACAUGGCGCCCUCAGCCAUGGCAGGACCGAGAUGGAGGAGGAGGAGAGCCUCUGUCGGAUAGUGACUCAGAAGAGGAGGACUUCCCUGAUGGCAGCACCACUCCACUGGGAGACUACGUCACUCUCGGACUGAAGCAGCUCCUGGAUGCUCAGCAGCUGUGCGAUGUGACCCUGCUUGUUGAGGGGAGAAAGUUCCUGUGUCACAGGGUGCUCCUAGCAGCCGUCAGCCCAUAUUUCAGGGCCAUGUUCACCAGUCCUCUGGUAGAGUCUCGCCUCACCGAGAUCCGACUGGAGGAAGUGACCCCAUCUGUCAUGGAGACCGUCAUCCAGUUUGCGUACACUGGAGAGGCGGGUCUGUCUCUUGAAACUGCUGAGGAUUUGUUUGUGGCUGCCAACCGCCUUCAGGUCAUGCCUCUUCAGGACCUGUGCUCGAGAUUUCUGUUUGAGCACCUGUCGCUGGACAACUGUCUGGGGAUGUAUUCUCUCGCUCGAUCUCACCAUGACCAGCUGUUGCUCCGUGCCUCCCUCCGGCUAGUGGCCCAGCAUUUCCCGCGCGUGUCCCGCCAUAAAGAUUUCCUCCUCCUUGAUCACGGCACUCUCGGUAGCCUCCUGAGUUCGGACCGGUUAGGAGUUGACUCAGAGGCUGAGGUGUACGAUGCUGCGAGGCGCUGGGCUGAACACCAACCCUUGGAUCGCUACGCCCACAUGCCAGCGCUGCUUCACCACCUGCGUCCAGGCCUGUUGUCCCAGGAGGAGAGUCAAAGACUGAGCCAGGAGUUGGGCCCCGCUGCAGCUGGUGAAGGCCUUGGAGGGCCCCUUCGACCAAGGGAGGGAAUGUUUGAGAAGAAAAUUGUGUGUGUGGACCUGACACAGAGGGAAGAUGAGAGUUUAGCUGCACAAGACUACACUGUGGACUGCUUUGACCCACGGACAGGCAAGUGGGAGAAGCUGGCGGCAUUGGGCUCACUGGUGAGUCCCGGCUGCGCGGCUGUGGGCGAGAGGCUGUUUGUAGCAGGAGGGAUUCUGGGGACUGGGUCAGUGUCUUCUGCUGUGCACGAAUAUGACGCUGUUAUGGACCGCUGGACAGAACGCUCCUCAAUGGGUCUACCCCGGUGUAUGUUGGGCCUUCUUGGCUGUGGUGAGUCGCUCUAUGCGUUGGGGGGAAGCAAUCGUUUGGCACUAUUAGAUUCAAGUGAGACUCUGGAGCUAGCUACCUUGAAGUGGGCACCGGGCCCUCAGUUACCCUUCCCCCUGCGUGCCUUUGCCUGUGCAGCUCUGCGGGGGCGACUCUACCUUUUAGGUGGAACAACACUUGAACAGAACCGGGCCGUGGUCCACUCAGGAGUACUUAUUUAUCACACUGUGACAGACUGCUGGACUCGAGUGGCUUUGGACUCUGGUGCCACCUGCCUUGCUGGUGGUGUAGCAGUGCGAGGAGGAGUCUGUGCCAUUGGCGGAUACAUCAGGGAUACCACUAAGUUUCUAGAUGGAAACUACACCAAUCUGGAGACUUUAGACGCCACCGGCCGUGUACUGUUUUUUAGCGAGCGCAGGGCUUUUGGUGUGGAGCGAGAAGUGACCGGAGGAGGGGUAACGGUCUCUGCUGGACAGCGCGUGGGCUCAGGGGCCAGCGAUAGAGCGCCGAGCCCUGUCGUUUUUCCCGGCCUGCCACGGCGGAUUGCAGCCGGAGGUGUGGCCAGGUGGAAACGGAGAAUUUAUGUUUUGGGCGGAGAAAACGGUUCCCGGUUCUACGACAGUAUGUACUGUUGGAAGCCUGGCUGGCGCAGCUGGGUACUGCGACGUGAAAAACUCCCUGGAGACAUGGAAGGGGUCAGUCAGUUUGGUUGCACCACUCUAAAGUUCCCGAAGAAACACAUUCUCUCCAGACUAAGACGAGCCAAAGAGAACUGUGUCUUGCAUGAUUAGGUUCACAGGAACCCGUUGUAAUUCAGCAAAAGUAGAACAGUACAACACUACAGGUGAGCUCCAAGGUGGGGCAGCAUUCAACAAGAGUCCUGAUUGCAACGACUACAUAGAUUGUAGAAACAGAUGGCAGGAUUAAAUAAGGUUUAAUGCACCUGAAUGUACUUUUGAUCAUCUCAAGCUAAAAUGUUUCAAAGAGGUUUUAUUUAACUUUAUAGGUUUGAUAUUAAGAAAGUUGUAGAUUAAAGUUAAAAUUACUUGAAAUGUGUUCUGUACUUCUAAGCCAUUUUUAAGUAACCUCAACAGAUGGUUUCUAUAGUUUUUUUGUUUUUAGAGGGGUUGGGGGUGGGGUUAUAUAGUGCAUUGAAAAAAGGUAUCCAUACUCCUUGAACCUUUUCCUUUUGACACGUUACAAUUGAGAUUUUAUUUGAUGGACCAACACAAAAUAGCUCAUAAUUGUAAAUUAGAAUGGAAAUGAUCCAAAGUUUUGAGAAAAUAAUCUUAAAUGUGUUGGGCAUUUGUAUUCAGCAAACCUGUUAAUGUUUUGUAUGUGUUUUUGGGGAUGUGGCAGAAAACCGGAGUGCCCGGAGAAAACUCCACAGAGGCACGGCUGGGAUUGAAUCCGGUUCCUCAGAACUGUAAAUCCAAGGCGCGACAGCUGCUCCACUUUUUCACCUUCUAAUUGUCCUGUGUAGGAGUUUUCCCACCUGCGCCAUGGAUUUCUGAGUGACCAUUUCUUACUUAACACUGCUUCUCUGAGUAGCGCUUGCCUCACUCGCUCUUAGGUUAGAGCACCGAUGUCACACGUUUUUGUGCGGGCCACAUCAUAGUUAUGGUAGUCCCCGGAGGGCCAUUAUGACUAUACUCAUAAAUGUAUGGUCAUUUUAGGUAUUUCACACCAAAUUCAAAACUACUUUUAAAAUUAGAAACCAGUAAAAACUUUGUUCCAUUGUCCAGUUUAUUUUAAAAGGGGCCUUGGUAACAAAAUGCUUGCAGCAUUGUUCUUAAAAAAAAAAAAAAAAAACACACAGUGGGCCCUACCGGCCUUGAGUGUGACAGUAAUGGUUCUGACAAUGGCCAUGUCUUAGUAGAUUUGCAGUUGGUGCCAUACGUUUUCAAUUUUUGAAAGAUGAAUGAACACUUCCCACAUGGGAAAAUCCAUUUAGAACAACCCUGUUUUACACUUCUCCACAACCUGUCUGGUGCCUUUAUGUUGCUGCUGUUGAGUAAUGUUGUGAAAGCCCUUCACAGAAUAUAUUAAGGAUAUAUUCCUAUUAGGUGAAUUACACAGGUCGACUCUUAUUGAGGUGAGAUUUGACGACAAUUGCAGUGAUUGGAGAGGGGCUGAAUGCAAAUUCACACCAAACUUCAGAUAAGUCACUUAAAAUUGUGAAAACCAUACAUCAUUAAAGUUUCACUUAAUUAUGUGCUACCUUUGUAAUUGUAAGGUCACAAAAUGUUCAAGGGGCAUGGGUACUUUUUCAAGGCAUUGUGUAUAAGUUAGUGUUUUGUUUUACCCACGUGGUUGAUCUGAAACAAGCAAAAGAUGUGUACACCAUGGUUUAUGGAUAGAUUUAUUAAACAAUUUUUAUCCUCCAA